CCUGGUAGUACAUAACACGUUGUGCGAGUUCAAACAUGGCAACUCCUGCCGGGUCGCGGUCCUCAACGCAUAACACCGCGCGUAUGGAGGGCUUCCCGUUCCCCGUGGCUGGCAGACCGCCCGAGGACAGCAUGACUAACGAUCAGACCACUACCGGAGAGCCGAAAAAGAAACCGUGCCGAGCUUGUACGGAUUUUAAAUCAUGGAUGAAGCUGCAGAAACAGACGUCCUCCGCUUCAGUGGCGCAGGAGAGCAGGGCGCCUGUCGAAUGCCCUCUGGACAGAGAGGAACUGGGCAGGAGCUCAUGGUCUUUUCUUCACACUAUGGCUGCAUAUUAUCCUGACGCACCGACCACUGAACAACAGGGGGAGAUGACACAGUUCAUCAACCUCUUCUCAAAGGUUUUCCCAUGUGAUGAAUGUGCAGAGGACUUGCGAUCAAGAUUGAAAACAAAUCAACCAGAUGCUAGCAGCCGGCACAACCUCUCACAGUGGAUGUGUCGCCUCCAUAAUGACAUCAACAUCCGAUUAGGCAAGCCAGAGUUUGACUGCAGCAAGGUGGAUGAGAGAUGGCGAGAUGGCUGGAAAGAUGGAUCUUGUGACUAAAAACCUCCAACACAAUCAUGAACAUGAGCAAUAUGCAGCCAUACACUGAUUCUGUGGACCUGUCCUUUUCGUUUCAAGUGCCAUUCAGGAGCCAUGCAUAAACAUGAUACAUUUUGACUUUGCACUAAUUGAUGGAGUGAUUUAUUAAUAUAUAGUUUUCUGUAUUGUGCUUCUAAUCAAGAGCAUUGCUGUUUACAAGAGUAUGGCAUUACGGCCCAUAUUAUUUUGUAAUUAUUGAGCUCUCAGUGGAUGUGAACAGCCCAGAGGCAACUGGAUGAGCUUUGUUUAGAGCAGUGGUUCUCAGUAUUUCUUACUUCAAGUUUAACUCCCUCAUUGUAAAACAAUAACUGACUAUUCCUCCGCUAGAAUAUGUUAUUGACAGAAAUGUUGAGUGGCAAUUAAAGGAAUAGUUUAAGAAUGAAA